AUAUAUAUAUUUAUUUAUAUCUAUAUAUAUAUAUUUACAUAAACUAAUUAUAGUUCGCUCUUUUUACUGGUAUUAUUUGAAGAAGAACUGCUGGUGGAAAUUUAUUUAAUUUCCAUUUUAAGAUAUUUUUAUUUGUGAACUUUUUGAGUUCGGGGAGUCGAUUUUGUGGUUAAUUUUAGUUAUUAGGAAUUUUGAGGUUGUUGAGUAAAUUAGGUUUAAUUAGGUGAUAUUGGUAAUAAACAGUAUUUUUACAAGGGUUAAGAAAAGACGGAAAAACUGGCGUUAGAUAAUUACUUGGAUUCUAGCCAGCAAGCGGCUCUAUCACGAAUGGGGACUGUUCGGGGUAAUGUUGGAAUGGGACAUUCGUCGUCGAGUUCUGGGAUUUUUUUUCAAGGAGAUAUGCAGUCUCAAGCUUUAGGUAAUUCACAUUUGGGGUCUUUUGGGAACUCUGCACCCGGAAAUAAUAUGCGUUCAAAUAUGGUACCUGUUUCUGGUGAUAUUACUAAUAGUAUUGGGGCUAGUUCGUUGGUUACUGAUGCUAACUCGGGGCUUUCAGGAGGAGGAGGUGGUGGUCCGCGUUUGCAGAGAAGUGCAAGUGCGAAUAAUGAAUCUUAUAUGAGAUUGCCUGCAUCACCGUUAUCGUUUACUUCGAAUAAUAUAAGCAUAUCUGGUUCUUCGGUUAUUGAUGGCCCGCCUGGAGGAAUGCAGCCGGGUUCUAAUCAAGAUCCACAUUCCCAACAACAAGCGGGUCCACGACAGGGACAAGGAGGUUCUAGUGCCACAUCGUUGCCUCCGCCACGAGUUAUGCAAGUUUCAGUGCCGAAUGGGUAUAAUGACAAUAUAUCGCACUUGCAGAAGAAACCACGGUUAGAUAUCAAGCAGGAGGAUAUUAUGCAACAACAGGUUGUACAGCAGCUAUUGCAAAGACAAGACUCGAUGCAGUUACAAAGCCCGAAUCCUCAAUUGCAAAGUUUGAUUCAGCAGCAGAGAUUAAGGCAGCAACAACAGCAACAUCAGCUGUUGCAGUCUCUUCCACCGGUUCAACGAGCACAUUUGCUUCAACAGCAGCAGCAACAGAUGCAGUUGAGGCAACAAUUGCAACAACAGAGCUUGCAACCUGCAAAUACAAUGAAACGCCCUUAUGAUGGUGGUGUAUGCUCGCGGAGACUGAUGCAAUACUUGUAUCAUCAGAGGCAACGGCCAGCUGAUAAUGGUAUUUCCUACUGGAGAAAGUUUGUGGCGGAAUAUUAUUCUCCACGUGCAAAGAAAAGGUGGUGCUUGUCUUUGUAUGAUAAUGUAGGACAUCACUCAUUGGGUGUAUUCCCACAGGCAGCUAUGGAUGCGUGGCAGUGUGAUAUCUGUGGGUCAAAAUCUGGAAGAGGCUUUGAGGCAACUUUUGAAGUACUGCCAAGGCUUAAUGAAAUCAAGUUCGGGAGUGGUGUUAUUGACGAGCUUUUGUUUCUAGAUAUGCCUCGGGAAUUUAGAUUUCCUUCUGGAAUAAUGGUGUUAGAAUACGGACAAGCUGUUCAAGAAAGUAUAUACGAGCAACUACGUGUUGUUCGUGAGGGUCAGCUUAAAGUUAUUUUCACCCCUGACUUAAAGAUAUUAACCUGGGAAUUCUGUGCUCGACGCCAUGAGGAGCUUCUUCCCCGUAGAUUGGUUGCACCUCAGGUUAAUCAGCUGUUACAAGUAGCACAAAAAUGCCAGUCUACAAUAACCGAAAGUGGUUCUGAGGGGGUCUCACAGCAAGACUUGCAGACAAAUAGUAAUAUGGUUGUGACAGCUGGCCGACAGCUUGCAAGGAGCUUGGAGUUACAGUCAUUGAAUGACUUGGGUUUUUCUAAAAGAUAUGUUAGAUGCUUGCAGAUAUCUGAAGUCGUCAAUAGCAUGAAAGACUUGAUGGAUUUCUGCCGCGACACUAAAGCUGGCCCAAUCGAGGGAUUAAAGACUUUCCCCCGACAAACAAGCUCGACCAAAUCUCAGAUGCAGAAGAUGCAGGAAAUAGAGCAGAUGACAAGCAGUAUCCCUGGUCUCCCAGCAGACAGAAAUGCACUUGGUAAAAUAGUAUCGCUGCAUCCUGGGCUCAACAAUCCAUUGAACAACAAUAAUCAUCAAAUUGGUAACCGAGGUGCUCCACUAAGCGGUUCAGCCCAAGCCGCACUUGCACUUUCCAACUACCAAAACAUGCUGAUGAGACAGAACUCCAUGAAUUCAAAUUCCCAACAAGAAGCUUCUUCUUCUUUCAAUAAUUUGAACCAAAACGGAUACCCAUUUCAGGGUUCUCCCAGUAUGGCGGUUAGUGGUGGUGGCGGCUUCCCACAGAGACCCAUGUUUCAGGCUCAACAGAACCACCAGCAGUCGCCUUCUCACAGUGGUAGUCAGGCCAUGCAACAACACAUGAUUCAACAGAUGCUUCAAGAUAUGAGUAAUGGUGGUGGUGGAGGGCCAAAGCCUUCAGUUUCAGGGCAGAGUGGUGCUAGUGGGAGUAUGAGUAUGGGUAGAGAAGGCUUAAGAUAUGGCAUGUCAUCAACCGGGACGUCACCAAGACCACCAGCUGUGCCAACCAGAAGCAACAGUUUCAAAUCAUCUGCGGCUGACGGGACUGGCAACAUAGUAAGUGGUGGUGGUGGCAAUCAGAAGGCUGUAACCACUGAUUUGGCGUCACAUUUGUGUGAUGACAUUGUUCAGGAUAUAGCUAGUGAGUUUACGGGAAAUGGAUUUUUUGACAAUGAUGAAUUGGAUGAGGGGAUGGGUUAUGGUUGGAAGGCAUAACUUGAAAUCUAUGUACAGCUGUAUUAUUGAAUCCUUAUAUACCUUAAUCUUUGUUUUCAUUUUCAGUUCUGUAGCCAUCUGCUAUUAAUUCUAGUUUUGAAGUAUCCACCACAUUGAACAAAUGUCAAUUUACAAGUUCUAGCUACAUUCGUAGGGUGGACUUUAAUAUAAAACAUUUAACUA